AAUCCAUCUUCCUUGAUGAUCAUGAAGAAGACUACAAGAAGAAGAAGAAGAUGGAGAUUUUAUAUAGAAAUUUCAAUUAUUUAUUAGAUGCUGCUCUUGACGAGAUGGAGACUACUCCAGGUAAAACAAAUCCUGUCCCUGAGGAGUUAAUAAUCGAUAACGUUUUGACGAGAUUACCAGCUUCAGCUCUUGCCAAAUGCAUCUUUGUAAGUAAGUUAUGGUACAAUUCAAUUCUCAAUGAUACCAGAUUUGCUGCACGACAUUUUGCUCUUCAGCAAAAUAAAAAUCUCUUCUUUAAUCUCCUUAAUGUUGAUAUUGAUGGUGGGAAAGGUGUUUGUAUUUUCAAUUUACAAGAUGAUCACAAGGGUAAUGAUGAUAAUGUGUUUAUUGAUAUUAGAUUAUCAAUGGGCGUAACUUUCCCUAUAGCAACAGAACUAUUAGGUUACUGUAAUGGAUUUGCUUGUUUUAAAACUGGUGGAGAUAGUGGACGUGCUGCAAUAAAUGUCUUCAACCCAGUUAGGAUGAACAUUCAGGAAGAGGAGGAGGAGGAGCAGGUUUUUGUUUGCAUGAUUAUUACAUUGGGAACUAAUUCGUGGAGAAAGAUAGUUACUAAAACUUCUGACAUCUCAUCACCACCUGGUUCUCCUCCUUUCCCGAGGCGAAUGGUAACAAAAGCUUGGAAAAAAGAUCAAAGAUCAGCCACCCUCUGUGGGGGUGAUUUAUUCUGGAGGAUAACCAAUUAUAAAGGUACAUUAAUCAAUGAUAACGGGGGUGGUAAUGUGAAUGGAGUUCCUAAUGGGUGGUAAUUUACAAGUAGAUGCAUUUUUGAAGUUAUUCACUUGAUUAGAUUCUGAGAAGUGUAGCAGUUACAUAGACACGCGAUGCAGGCUGAUUACUGGGCCUGACGCAUGUAAAGUGCAAGAGGUACGUUCAUUAGAAUUUUUACUUUUGUCACUCUACUCUGAUAUUGUACACCUCAACUGGAUUACUGGGCCUGACGCAUGUAAAGGUAGUUGACAGUGGACUGGGAAUUGUGUGAAUAAAUGAACCAUUAUGAA